AUGCUUGCAGAUUUUGCGGGUCCUGAAGUGGAGGUGCAGCUGAUCCAAAGGUUCGAGGCAAUGCUCGCCAGACGGGAUGAGGAGCUCUUCAGGCGCCUGGACAAGGCCGUGCGCAGCUUCGUGUCCAUGGAGCUUGUUGUCGGAAUUGCUGGGUCUAUCUGGGAGAAAACUACGGUGAUAGCCUCGUCUGGUACUGCAGAGCAGCGUAUCAGCGCAGGAGUUGCGUUGCUAACCCUAGUUGCCGGCGUAUAUCAUUUCCUGCAAGGCAUCCUUAUGCCCUCGGCCUGUGCCGACAUGUGCCUGCAACCCUGGUUCAUGGCUUGUGCAGGGCUCUGGAUGACGGGCUCAGCACUGCUCUUCCUUUACGACGAAAUGCUCGGCUUCCCGUUCAUGGCGGCAUCAAUGGGCGGUGCGGCUGCCACAGCUCUUCUGAGCCCGCAGAAGCCGGGUGUUAUUGUGGCGACGAGCUGCUUGGCCGCGCAGGCCUACACCACGAAGCUCCCGCAGGACCCGUCCUACAUCGCCGUGAGUGUCGCCAUGUUUCUCUUUGCGGUGCUAGCUAGGCAGUUUUUGGAUUGCAGUGAUUACUCGCAGGUUCAGAAGAAGGCGACGCCCGAUGCUUUGACCUACGAACACUCUCCCCUUGCUAAUCACGGCGACGACAAUGUCAAUGCUCCGAUAAGGAGCAAGGCGCUGGUCGAGUCUAGAGUACGCGCGCUUGCUGCAAAGACGAGGCAGCUGGAAGUGGACCUGGACAUAUUCUCCGAAGACAACGAGACCAACGAGAGUAACGAGCCGGAAGAAGACGCGAGUCGUAGCAGAAGACGUUCCACUCGCAGCACUACCAGAUUCGGCAGAUGCCAGCACUACCUUGUGAAGAACGUUGUGGGCAGCUGUUGGUUCGAGAGCUUCUUCAUGGUGGGCAUCCUAUUUCACGCCCUCGUCCUUGGGGUCCAAAUAGAUCUAGCAACCUGGGACAACCCUGACACCGAUGCUGUCAUGAUCCUGGACGGACUGCAACACCUGUUUGCAGUGACUUUUACAGCAGAGCUUGCAGUGAGGUGGAUGGCUGAGGGCCGAUACUUUCUGUGGCGGUCCAACAACGUUGUCUGGAAUUGGCUAGAUACCUUCUUGGUGGUGACCUCCCUUGUGGAAAUCGCAGGGGAGAUCUCCGUGGCUAUUUCAGGUGGAUCGCAAGCUGCCGCCGACCUAAGCUCGAUCGGCAACAUGCGGGUCAUCCGCAUUGUGCGAAUCUCUCGCCUCUUGCGCGUCCUCCGCAUCGUACGCGUUUUACGAUUCGUGCGCUCUUUGCGAAACCUUGUCAGUUCUAUUGCCAUGACCUUCCGCUCCUUAGCUUGGUCCGUUGUCCUCCUGGUGAUCAUCAUCUACAUGUUUGGAGUUCUCUUGACGGAUGGCGUCACAGAAUUUUUGAACAACGAGGAAGGCAUUGACACGAUGCUGGAGAGGGAUUUGAGGAUGUACUUCGGAUCGGUCCAUGGCGCCAUGCACACACUGUUCCGGUCCAUCGCAAAUGGUAUCAGCUGGGACGUCGUCGUAAGACCGCUGGUUAAAGCCAGCUGGUUCUGGGGAUAUGUCUACUCUUUGUACAUUGUGUUUACUCUUUUCGCAGUUCUGAACGUCAUCACGGCUGUGUUCUGUCAAAGCACGCUGGAAGGAGCUGCUCGUGACAAGGAGCUCUUGGCAGAGAGUCACAUGCUCAACAAAGAAAGGUACUACCUGCUCGUGGAAGAUCUCUUCAAGAACUUACAGUCCGACGAAAGCGGCAAGGUAACUUUGGAGGACUUCCAGGACCACUUCAACGAUGUAGAAGUGAGAGCUUUCUUCCACGGCCUAGACCUUGAACCAAGCGACGCCUGGGUGCUGCGCUUCGGCCGAAAGUUCAGAUUUAGAGAAGACUUACAGUACAGGGUUUUGGAACUUAGUAGCCAGGGCUAUAAAUAA